AUGUCUACAGAUUCAGUUUCUUUGAAUGUUAAAGAUAUUGAUAACAAAGGCCAUGGAGGAAGGUUUUUCAGAACAAAUUUUCAAGGAAACAAUUAUGCAAAUGGUUAUGGAAAUCAUGGUGAUGCUAACAAUAGUUCAGGAGGAAAUUAUUAUCCAAGUAAUAACAACAACAGAAGUUCCAUGGUGUGUGAUUAUUGUAAAAGGACUGGGCACAUCAAGGAUAAGUGUUACAAGUUGCAUGGGUAUACUCAAAGCAGUAACAAUCAAAAUAAUAGACCAGGAAAUUACAAUGGUGGUCAGAGUUUUAGACAACAAAGCUCAAAUUACAAAGGAAAGAGAGUGGUAGCAAAUGUACAUGGUACUGUAGGUGACAUGGUGUCUGCUAAUGGAGAGGAACAAUCAAAAUCUCAAGGUGACAAUUUAAAGAAUGUUAACUUCAAGAAGGAACAAUAUGGACAGAUCAUGAGCCUAUUGCAUCAUUUCCAGAAUGAGAAUAUGGGAGAAGAUGCUGGUGCUAAUAAUGCUUCUGGUAUGACUACUGGAUCAAUGAACUUUGCAGGUACUUUGGCCCCUUUAGUGAAGAGGCCUCAGGUUCUUGGUAAUUGUAGAGAUGGGCUUUACUUCUUGUGCACAAAGUGUUUGAAGACCUCUGAUAGAGUCAAUACAUAUCAGUACAAAGUGUUUGUUUCUGACUCUGUUCCUCUUAAGUGUAAAUCUUCUUCUAGUAAUAAGAAUUUUCUGGAUGAUCAUAAUUCUUGUAGUACUACUGGAGAUAAUUCUUUUUCAUCUCCUGAUUAUACUGAUUUGGAUUCACGUAAAAACUAUGUAAUUGACUUUGACAAUGUGACUGAUACAACUUCUUCUCAUCCACCUAAUCACAUUACUCAAAAUCCUAAUACACCCUCCACUUCUAAUACAUCUUCAACAUCAUCUCAACAUGAUACUUCCACAGUAGUACAGAUAAGGUCUCAUAGGGAAAAUAAAAUACCAUCACAUUUGAAAGACUAUAUUGUCAAUAUUCCCAAUUUGAAAUCAGCUAACAUUAACACACAAAACACACAACUCAACAACAACUUAUCCCUUACUACACUAUUUACCAAACAUCAUCAUAUAUAUCCUGAAGUGAUUGCAUCUAAUAGUCAGUCACUUGUUGAGAACAUUUGUCAUGAUAGUGAACCAUCAUCAUAUGAGGAAGCAUCACUAAAUCCUGCAUGCAAAAGGCUAUGA